AUCUCACCGCUCUUCGUCUCUUCGACGGUGUCGCUCCCAAGUGAAUUGGCAUCGGUACAAUCGAACACCAGAACGAAUCAUCCCCUUUUAUCUCCUCCUUCCGUUCUCAUUUCUCUCUCGAAUCGAAACGUCGCAGCUCUCGCACUUCGCCCCUCCCGAUCGUCACUCUCUCUCCCUCCCGCUUCACGCCGGACGCCCACGCCCACAAAGAUGAGCGCAGUCUCUAGCUCUCUGGCUUCAGUGAGAAAUCCCCGAGCACAGCUCUCGUCAAGUUGUCUGCUCAAGCCAUCAGUCCAGUGCCUGGGGAGUGUACGCCGUACUAACUUGUUGUUCACUACAAAUCAAACUGGAAUGCUGCAGCUCCGCUCCUCAAGGCAACUCGCUGUUAGUGCUGAGUAUAGAGAUGGUGGAAGGCCGAGCAAUGCAAGCGCCUUUGUUGGUGGCUUUGUCUUGGGAGGAAUUAUAGUCGGUGCCCUUGGUUGUGUAUAUGCUCCUCAGAUCAGCAAGGCACUUGCUGGAACUGACAGGAAGGAUUUGAUGAGGAAAUUACCGAAAUUCAUCUAUGAUGAAGAGAAGGCUUUGGAGAAAACGAGGAAGGUGCUUGCCGAGAAGAUUGCACAGCUCAAUUCAGCCAUAGACGAUGUAUCUUCUCAGCUCCGAACUGAAGAAUCAUCAGAUGAGAUUGCUGCUGCCCCUGAUGAAAUUGAAGCUGUUGUUUGAUGGCCCAAAUCUUCCAGGCCUACGAUCAUGGUCACCCUCUGUUUUGGUAUAAUGGGCUCUCCCUUCUUGGUGGCCUCCAUAUAACUGAAUAAUGGUUCAUCUUGUAAUGUUCAUUUCUAAAGACCAAUGCACUCAGUUUCUUGGACAUGAUCAUCUCGAUCGAGGAAAUGCAUCAUGUGGCAUGGCUAUGCACAAUACCGCUUACCUUGGCAGACUUUGAGUACUAUAUCAUCACAGUUUUCCUUCUUGUG